UCACAGUUGUCUUUAUCUAUGGAUCACAGACUAACCUCUGUUAGUUUAGCUGUUCUUGCUUUUUUUGCUGCUUAUUAAAACAUUUGCAAAAUGGAUUUUGUGGGAAAUUCUGGAUCGGGCAUAGAAGCCCCCUGCAUGGAAAUAGAUGAUAUUGAAGAUCUCAUAUCAGCUCAAGAUAUAACACCUAAAGAGCGAUACAGUAGCAGGAAAAAUGUGAUAGUUAGAGCCCGCAAGAAGAACCAAGCUGGAAAUGAAAAGGCCGUGGGGGAAAACAUCCCAGGCGUUCAAAGUGUAUAUGUUAAAACUUGGGGAUGUGCUCACAACAACUCAGAUUCAGAAUAUAUGGCUGGCCAGUUGAGUGCGUACGGCUAUAAACUUACUGAAGACAAGUCAGAGGCAGAUGUGUGGCUUUUGAACAGUUGCACAGUGAAGAAUCCGGCAGAAGAUCAUUUCAGAAACGAAAUCGAAUCUGCAAAGAAAAUGGGCAAAUAUGUGGUUUUGGCAGGAUGCGUACCACAAGGAGCCCCUAAAUCAUCGUUUUUGCAUGGGUUAAGUAUUAUUGGCGUUCAACAGAUUGAUAGAGUUGUUGAAGUGGUCGAAGAGACUUUGAAAGGAAACACAGUCAAAUUAUUGGGCACAAAGAAGGAAAAUGGUCGAAAAAUCGGAGGCGCAUCUUUAUUGUUACCUAAAGUUCGCAGGAAUCCUCUUAUUGAGAUCAUAGCUAUUAACACGGGGUGUCUGAAUCAAUGCACUUACUGCAAAACCAAACAUGCCAGAGGGGAUUUAGGUAGUUACCCGCCCGAAGAAAUAGUUGCUAGAGCCAAGCAAGCUUUUGAGGAAGGUGUAGUUGAGAUUUGGCUGACUUCUGAGGAUACUGGUACUUAUGGGCGCGACAUUGGCACUUCUUUGCCAGAACUUUUGUGGAAAUUAGUUGAGGUGAUUCCUGAAGGAUGUCGUCUCCGCCUGGGAAUGACGAAUCCUCCAUAUAUUUUAGAACAUUUAGAGGAAAUCGCUAAAAUCAUGCACCACCCUAGAGUGUACGGAUUUUUGCAUGUCCCGGUUCAGAGCGGCAGUGAUCAAGUCCUAGCUGAUAUGAAACGGGAGUAUUGCAGAGCUGAUUUCGAGCAUGUGGUUGAAUUUUUACAGAAAAAAGUACCCGGAAUGACGAUUGCUACGGACAUAAUUUGCGGGUUUCCGACGGAAACGGAGGAAAACUUUGAGGAUACGAUGGCAUUGUGUGCUAAGUAUAAGUUUCCUAGUUUAUUUAUUAACCAAUUUUUUCCUCGGCCUGGAACUCCAGCAGCUUUAAUGACCAGAGUUGAUCCUCAAGAAGUGAAAAAACGGACGAAAAGGUUGACUGAGCUGUUUUAUAGUUAUGAACCAUAUGGACACAAUGUGGGUGUAAUUCAAGAUGUCUUAGUAACUGAGAUUUCUCAUGACAAAAAACAUUACGUGGGGCACAAUCGGUUCUACGAGCAAGUGUUGAUUCCGAUGCGAAGCGAACUGAUGGGCAAAUUGGUUAAAGUUCAGAUAAAAAGUGCCACCAAAUUUUCAAUGAUUGGUGAACCAUUGAAUGAGGUAGUUAUGCCUGGACUCGCUAAACCUUUGGAGAAAGGAGCAGUAUCUGGACUAAAUACGGAUGUGUAUCUGGAGGAAUCUGAUAAUAAGAUAUGGUUGCCUUUAGUGCUUAUAUUAGUAAGCAUUAUCAUUCGAUUAUUAUUCGCUUUCUUCGGAACAUUUUGAAUGAGUUGUUUAACAUUCAAAACGCAAAGGAAUGGAAGCAUGUGAUAAUCGAAUUUUCGCACUCCUGGGCAAGUGUUAUAUAAUUAAUUAAUAUAUAUUUGCCUAUUCACAGUUGCUUUACAGUAAAAUAAACUUAUAUGGAUA